GGCGGCUGGCACAGCAAACUCGCCAUUCCCUAAGUAAGGCAGACCUGGGUGCGGAGGACCUGGCGAGGUGUCGCGGGGACGCGAAAACUCCCCGGAGCCGCAGUCGCCGCGGGGCGGCCUGGGGAAGUCAGCAGCGCGGUGGCGGGAACCGCAGCCCGGCGGCCCUGGAACCUCCCAGAUUUAUCUUUUUGACACCCAUGAAUACAAGCGCAAGAAGAGGAAAAAUGGCUGGUUCUUCAGUAAAUACAUCCCAGGGUCUGUUGACAUUCCGGGAUGUGACUGUGGACUUCUCCCAGGAGGAGUGGGGAUGCCUGAACUCUGCUCAGAGGACUUUGUACAUUGAUGUGAUGUUGGAGAAUUACAGCAACCUGAUCUCUGUGGGUAUUAUUGUGUGCAAGGCAGACCUGGUCCCAUGUCUGGAGCAAAUCCAAGUGCCCUGGAAUGUGAAGAGAGAGGAGAUGGUGGCCGACCCAGGUGGGGAGAAUCAACGGAUGUUGAAUGAAUCAGAGGAGGUCUUGGAUGAAGACUCAAAGUUUACUAUUGAUGAGCAUGUGGCAGUUCAACAGAAGUCACGUAAAUGUAAUGAGCUUGGCAAAAUGCUUCAUGAAUCCUCCAAAUGGACACUAUGCAAAACAAAUAAUACUACAGAAAACUGCUACAAAGACAGAUGGAUACAAAACCACAGGGAUGAUUGCAUUGAAUCAAUCAACUUCAGUAGCUAUAAACACAUGCACACUGGAGAAGAACCUUGCAAAUAUAAAGAUGUUGACAAAUCUUUAAGUUUAUUUUCAAACAUAAGUCAGAGUCAUGGAAUCUUCAUAGGGAAGAAAGAGUAUAAAUAUAACGAAUAUGAUAAAUAUUUUGGCUUUACCCCAAAACUUGUACAGCUAAGAAUCCAUAAUGGAGAAAAAUCACACCAAUUCAGGAAAUGUGAAAAAUCCUUGAGGACCUACUCAAGCCUCAGUACACAUCAGAGAGCUCUUACUGGAGAGAAACUAUGGAAAUGCACAGAGUGUGACAAGUCCUUUAAGUGUUUGUCUGACCUUAAAACCCAUUACAGAAUCCAUCCCGGAGAGAAACCUUUCAAAUGUAAGAAAUGUGACAAAUCUUUCACCUACUGCUCAUCGCUUAGAGAACAUCAGAACAUCCAUGAGGGCAAACUUUACAGAUGUUGGGACUGUGGCAAAUCCUUCACCCGGUGUUCAUCUCUUAGAGCCCAUGAGAAAAUUCACACUGGAGAAAAACCUUUCAAAUGUAAGGAAUGUAAUAAGUCCUUUUAUAUGCUGUCCCAACUUAGAAAACACGAGAGAACCCAUACUGGAGAGAAACCUUACAAAUGUAAGGAAUGUGACAAAUCCUUUACGUACUGCUCUUCUCUUAGAGAACAUCAGAACAUGCAUGCUGGAAAAUUUUAUAAAUGUCAGAAAUGCGACAAAACCUUUACCCGGUGCUCAUCUCUUAGGGCACAUGAGAAAAUUCAUACUGGGGAAAAACCUUACAAAUGUAAGCAGUGUGGUAAGUCCUUUUAUAUAUUGUCCCAACUUCGAAAACAUGACAGAACCCACACUGGAGAGAAACCUUACAAAUGUAAGGAAUGUGGCAAAUCCUUUACCCAGUGUUCAACCCUUAGGAUACAUCAGAAAAUUCAUGCUGGAGAGAAACCCUACAAAUGUAAAGAGUGUGGUAAGUGCUUUUAUAAGUUAUCAUACCUUAAAGUCCAUUACAGGACCCAUACUGGAGAGAAGCCUUACCAAUGUAAAGAAUGUGGUAAGGGCUUUUCUCAGUUGUCCUGUCUUAAAAGCCAUGGCAGAAUUCACACUGGAGAGAAACCUUACAAAUGUAGUGAAUGUGGCCGAUCCUUUACACAUCACUCAACCUGUAGGAGACAUCAGAGUACUCAUGCUGCAAAACUUUAUCAGUGCGAGGAGUGCGACAAAUCCUUUGCCAAACCUUCAUCUCUCAGAACACAUCAGAAAAUCCAUGCCGGAGAGAAACCUCAUGGUUGUAAAGAAUGUGGUAAGGCCUUCUAUCAACUGUCACACCUGAAAGUCCAUUACCGAAUCCACACUGGAGAGAAACCUUACAAAUGUAAUGAAUGUGACAAAUGCUUUACCAAAUGUUCAUCUCUCAGAACACAUCAGAAAAUCCAUGCAGGAGAGAAACCUCAUGGUUGUAAGGAAUGUGGUAAGGCCUUCUAUCAUUUAUCACACCUUAACAUCCAUUACAGAAUUCAUACAGGAGAGAAACCUUACAAGUGUAGUGAAUGUGACAAAUCCUUUACCACACUGGCAAACCUUAGAAGACAUCAGAAAAUGCACACUGGGGAGAAAACUUUCUAUAGUAAAUAAUGUGGCAUAUACUUUUUCUAGAGCUGUCUGUAUGGACCACUGCAGUCUCUACAUCAGAGAAUCAUUAUGAACAUGGGAAACUUGUGAAAGCCUUUAAGGAAUUUUUAAAAAACAUCAAGAGUUUAUAGUGAAGAAAAAUUCUAAGAUCAUAAGUUAGUGUAUUACAAAGAAGAAAACUAAGCAUACACAAAAUUCUCAUGUAUUUCAGUGGAAUAUGAUUUUUUGAUUUAAUAGGGAAAUGUUCUUUGGAAACAAUUUGGAUUGUAAGUAUUAAAAUUGGCUGACAUGAGUACAGUACAGUUGGCUAGAUUACACUGAAAAGCAUCCUUAUUAGCAAACGGUUUUAUGAUAAUUUGUAUCAUUUGUUUUUACAUCAGAGCUGAUGAACUCAAGUAAAGUGUCAGGGAAGUUAGGUAGAUAGGAAAUGUUGGGCCCUAAAGCCCCACCAAGGCGGAGGUCACCCCAAGAGACAUUCUCAGCACGGUUGAUGCAAUAGCAAGAGGAAUUUCUAUUCUGCCACGGCAGAGAUCCCUCAGCCUCAAGAGGAGAAGGACCCCUGCUUUGUCUAUUACAAACUCUUUUAAAGGAAAAACCACAAAAUCAGGGAGGGAGUAGUACAGAAUCAAAGGGGAAGUCCAGAAAUCAUUUGUCAACUAUUUUGACUAGUUCAUUCAACGGUCAGCUAACUCUACUUGAUCAAUGUUAUGGUGAUUACAAGGAGGAACACCUGCAGGUCGUCUCACCCCAGUUCCAGGGUCCGGGUCUAUUGAAGAAAGACUACAAUGGGGAUGGAAAGUACUCAAAGCUCCAGUGCAUGCGUGGUUGGUUACCAGGGUCCUGGUUACCAGGGUCCUGGUUCCGAGGAAGGGGGUGCAGUAAUGCUAAGGUGCCCCAAAGUCAGAACUAGCCACUAGUUUUUUUUUAAAUAUUUAUUUAUUUUAUGUAUACAAUAUUUCUGCUGAAUAAUUCUGUUUUCCAUAUCUUAAUUCCUAUAAACUGCAUUUUGUUAUAAAAUCACAUCAGGUAUGUUUUUCAAACUCCGUAAUUGGAUGUCUUAAUAAAGAAAAGUUACUUUUAAUGACGUUGCAUGGUCUUCAAUGAAGAGCAUGUGGUCUAGCAUCAAGUCUGAACAUCUCACAUGCUAUUUCAGCAUGAGAAAGAGAGUGUAAUUGCAUUUGUUGAGGCGAGGUGUCACCAUGUAGCCCCAAUUUUCCUUGAACUCACUGUGUAGAACAGGCUGGCCUCAAACUUCCGGAGAUCUGCCUGAGAUUAAAAGUGCACACCACCAUGCCUGUCCUGUAUGCAUAAUCUUAACAGAAUUUGAUAAAAUACUGAGAUGGUUUCUUUCAGAAUGUUUUUACAAAUUACACAAACUUCAAAAUUGAGUUUAUAUUUCCUGUUUCAGACCCAAUGAUGAAUACAAUAAAUUACCUGGCAGUGAAAUUGAAGUCGUUAGAGUCCUCAAGACAGGAUUUCUUUUGCACUUAGCCUUGUGAAGGUCACCUGAGCAUAGAGGUUUAUCUUGUCUUUUGUAUUUAAAGAGGAAUGGAAAGAUGUGGUACUCUGGCUUUAGGUGUGAGUAGCAGCAGUGAGCAUGUGCAUGUGUGAAUCUCUUCAAAAGAAAACCGCAGUGAAACAGACUGCACAGUGGGUGCUGUGCAAGAGUAACUGCUGAGACAGUGAAGAAGAGAUGGUGCCCAUUGGUCCAAGCUUACUACCAUAGUCCUUGGAACCAUUGAUAGGACUCAUGGACAGUGGUGGUUUGACUAAGAAUGGCCCCAUUGGCUCUGGUAUUUGAAUGUUUGGUGACCAGUUAGAUGGCCUGUUUUGGAAAGAUUAGGAGGUAUGACCUUGUUGGAUAAGGUGUGAUCUUGGGUGGAAGGCUUUGAGGUUCCAAAAGCUCCUGACAGUUAACUCUCUCUCUC